AUGAGCCGUCAAUUAAACUGCCGUCCCGCAGGGGAGCGACUGGGUUUCAGCGGCUGCUCGGCCGUCAUCUCCAGCCGUGUCAGCAGCAGCACGGCCUCCUUUCGGGCCGGGGUCAAGGGCUCCUGUGCGGGCUUCGGUAGCCGCAGCCUCUUCAGCCUGGGGGGCAGCCGGCGCAUCUCCAUCAGCGCCGCGGGGGGUGUGAGCCGGAGCGGCAGCCUCGCCCUGGGGGCCGGGGCCGGGACCGGGCUCGUGGGCGGCCGCGGGGCCGGCUUCGUGGGCACCGUGUUUGGCAGCGCCGGGCUGGGGCCCCUCUGCCCCUCCGUGUGUCCCCCCGGGGGGAUCCCCCAAGUGACCGUCAACAAGAGCCUGUUGGCACCGCUCCACGUGCAGGUGGAUCCCGAGAUCCAACGGGUGAGGACCCAGGAGCGCGAGCAGAUCAAGGUCCUCAACAACAAGUUCGCCUCCUUCAUCGACAAGGUGCGGUUCCUGGAGCAGCAGAACCAGGUGCUGGAGACCAAGUGGGACCUGCUGCAGCAGCUCGAUCUGAGCAACUGCAAGAACAACCUGGAGCCCAUCUUCGAGGGCUACAUCAGCAACCUGCGACGGCAGGUGGAGUGUCUGAACGGGGACCGCGUGCGGCUGGAUUCGGAGCUCCGCAGUAUGCGGGAUCUGGUGGAGGACUUCAAGAAGAGGUACGAGAACGAGAUAAACCGGCGCACGGCUGCAGAGAAUGAAUUUGUGGUGCUCAAAAAGGACGUGGACGCCGCCUACACCAACAAGGUGGAGCUGCAGGCCAAGGUGGACUCGUUGGAUGGCGAGAUCAAGUUCCUCAAGUGCUUGUAUGAAGGGGAGAUCGCCCAAAUCCAGUCCCACAUCAGCGACACGUCGGUCAUCCUGUCCAUGGACAACAACCGUGACCUGGACCUGGACAGCAUCAUCGACGAAGUGCGUCUGCAGUACGAGGACAUCGCGCACAAGAGCAAGGCCGAGGCCGAGGCCCUGUACCAGAACAAGAUCCAGGAGCUGCAGGUGGCAGCUGGCCGACACGGAGACGACCUGAAGCACACCAAGGGCGAGAUCCUGGAGCUGAACCGGCUGAUCCAGAGGAUCCGUUCCGAAAUCGGGAAUGUGAAGAAGCAGUGUGCCAACCUGGAGAUGGCCAUUGCUGAUGCAGAACAGCGUGGGGACUGCGCUCUGAAGGACGCCCGGGCCAAGUUGGAUGAGUUGGAGGGUGCCUUGAACAGCGCCAAGGAGGAGCUGGCCCGGCUGCUGCGUGACUACCAGGAGCUGAUGAGCGUCAAGCUGGCACUGGAUAUUGAGAUCGCUACCUACCGAAAACUGCUAGAGGGCGAGGAGUGCAGGAUGUCCGGGGAGUACCCCAAUUCCGUGAGCAUCUCGGUGAUCAGCAGCACCAGCGGCGGUGGAGGGGCCGGCGCCUUCAGCGUGGGGUUCGGCUCCACCAGUGGCUACAGCUACAAAGCGGGAGCCACCGAUGUCAAGACCAAGGCGGGAUGCAGCAGCGAGGCCAAGGAGUCCAAGGCUCCGGGUGCCGUUUCCCUGCCGAAAAAGAACCCCAGAUAA